UGUCGGCCUGCUGCCCCUCCCCCGACCCGACUCCGCAGCGACCUGGCCCUGCAGGCCAGCGGCUCCAGCCCGGCACCCGGGACUCUGGACUCCGUGACCCUGUCCUCCGCCUGUCUGCCCGGGAGCAGCCUCAGACCGCACAGCGCUGCGCGUGGCGACAUGGGAAAGUCAUUUUCUCAUUUACCUUUGCAUUCAAAUAAAGAAGAUUCUUAUGGUGGAGUCACAUCAACUGAUAAUAUGAGGAAUGGCUUGGUUAAUGGUGAAGUCCAUAAUGAAGAUGGAAGAAGUGGAGAUGUCUCUCAGUUUCCAUAUGUGGAAUUUACAGGAAGAGAUAGUGUCACUUGCCCCACUUGUCAAGGAACAGGAAGAAUUCCUAGGGGGCAAGAAAACCAACUGGUGGCAUUGAUUCCAUAUAGUGAUCAGAGAUUAAGGCCAAGAAGAACAAAGCUGUAUGUGAUGGCGUCAGUGUUUGUCUGUCUGCUCCUUUCUGGACUGGCUGUGUUUUUCCUUUUCCCUCGCUCCAUCGAUGUGAAAUACAUAGGCGUAAAGUCAGUAUAUGUCAGUUAUGAUGCUCAACAGCGUGCAAUAUAUUUAAAUAUCACGAACUUGCUAAAUAUAACGAAUAAUAACUAUUAUUCUGUUGAAGUUGAAAACAUCACUGCACAAGUUCAGUUUUCAAAAACAGUUAUUGGAAAGACACGCUUAAACAACAUAACCACUAUUGGUCCACUAGACAUGAAACAAAUUGAUUACACAGUACCUACUAUCAUAGCGGAGGAAGAGAGUUACAUGUUUGAUUUCUGUACACUGGUAUCCAUCAAAGUGCAUAACAUAGUACUUAUGAUGCAAGUUACAGUGACAGCAGCAUACUUUGGACACUCUGAACAGAUAUCCCAGGAGAGGUACCAGUAUAUUGACUGUGGAAGGAACACAACUUACCAGCUGAGGCAGUCUGAAUAUCUAAAUGUACUUCAGCCACAACAGUAAAAACUGAAAGGCAUGCAUCUAGAGAAUACCUACUGAUUAUUUUCUGAGCUCUUAAGGAUGAGGUACUUACUUCCUUAUAGGAGAUCCUUAAACAUAAACUGAAUGAACAAACCUAAAGUUUACACUAAGAGUACAGUUAAAAUUAUGUGGACUUGCAGGUUAUUGCAACUCUGUUAUGUGUUGAUGAUAUUUGUACCAGGAUCUUUUACUCGAAUCUAAAUUUACUGAUUGGUUUUCUUCUCCCUUUCUUCCUUUCUCCCUAAAGGGGAAGACUGAGACUCCCUUAUAGGACAAUAAAUAAGUACUUAAAAUUCACAGCUCCAGUUAAUUAAAAACAUAAUUUUGGUGAUGAACACACUUUGAGAAACUAUUUCUGAAUGUUUUAUAAAAUAUUGCUGACAGCCUAUUAUUCAUGAAAGACUUUUAAAGAAUAAUAAUUUUUCCCAUUUUAUAAAUUCCCAUUGCUACCUGGUAGUAAUUCAACUAUAUAUCUUUGCUUUUUAGCUGAACAUUUAUAGUUUUUCAUUUGUUGAAAUUCUACUCAUUUGCAGUUUGUUAGUCUUAUUUCAAGCCAGGGCUUGCAUAACACUUAUAAACUGAAAUAAUUGUGGCAAAAUUCUGUACGUAAUAUUUUUUAAAGCUCCUAAGUGUAUUAUUUCACACAUGUCUUCCCAUGUUACAGUUUUGCGAAGUUUUUGUGUAAUCUUCAAAUAUAGUUAAUGUACAAUACUAUAAAUAAAUUGUGCAUGGCUUUUUUUACAGCUUUAAUAAAUGUUAAGUAAAGUGGUACAGAUUCAAAUAAAGUUGCUCAUAAAAUAAAUAAAACAGGAAAAUAAAAUUCAGAAGCUUAUAGAAUGUGAAUAUGGUUCCAUUUACAUAUCAGAUUGGGCAUAAAGUAGAUUUGAAAUAACUAUUUUGAUGCUCCACUUUCUUUUAAUGUUGCUUUUCCUACUAAAGAAUCAUGAGGACACUUAGUAGUUUUCACAGCUUAAGGUACCCAAGUCAUCAAUUAUAUGAAUGUUUGAGAGGAGGAAAUUAUUUCUUUGGUAGAAAUUAUCCAAGAAAUCCUGUAAUUAAAUGGUGGUAGCCAUAUCAAAUAAAACCUGUAUUACAUUUUUAAAAAUUUAAUCACUUUGCACAUCAUGUGGAUAUGAUGCCUCUAGCAGUUACAUUUUUUAUGUUUUCUACUUUUAUUUUGGAUUUUAUUUAAAGUUAUUUUCAAGUAUAAAUUACUCACUUAGUCACUUUGCUGUUUUAUAUUUUCAGCACCAUUUUCCAUUUGGACCUUUGCCUUUUCAUUUACCAAGUUCUAAAAACCUGUUAAGUACAUAUCACUGAGUGUAGGGGCUGUGAUACCAAAAAACUUAGGUGGCUUGAGAUUAAUUUCUUUCUAUUCUCUAGUGACAGAAAUCAGGUUCCCCCAUUUCACAUCCCCCAAAGUGCCUAACUUAGGUCUGAAACCUGCCUACUUAUCAGUGUCUGACUCUCAGUCAGUUUCUACAUGUCUAACCAGUCACCUAUCUAGUUUCUCAUUUAGCUAGGGACCUAGAGAUAGCAGUAUUUCAGUGACUGUGUGUGUAAAUCAAAAAAUGUUACAAGAUUCUCUGUCAUAUUGUUUUGUUCUCAUUUUGUCCUCAUGUCCCAAUAAGUUCAAAAUCACCAUUUAUUUCUUCAAAAUCAUCCUUCAUAAAUGCCUCCUUCAAAAAUCAGUUCAGAUUUAUUUUCUUUGUAUCUCUUACCUUGAAAAAUUGUAUGAUGUAAAUUAAUUUUUCUCUUGAUCUGUGGUUCUAAUAUCCCUUUUAGAGUACAUGCAUAGUAACUGCUGAGGAGGCAGGAAAGUGAGGAAACACUUGCUUUUAGUGACUUAGUUUUGAAUGUUUUUCUCCAUUCUUUAAGAACUUUAUUAUACCCACUUUCUGUGUAGUUUUAAGUCAGAAAAAAACUAGAAUUUUAAAUAUGUAAAAAACCAGUACAGAAAUAAUGAUUAUCUGUGACUUCUUUUAGAGAGGGUUAAGUAACUUGCCAUGGUAAGCUUGGGGCCAAGCAGGCUGUAAAUCAGUAAAACUACAAAAAAAAAAAAAAAA